AGAAGGAGGGGCUGCUUGGAGAGCAGGAGGAGGAAAGGAGCACAGGGCGUAUGUAACUCUUUUUUUUUUUACCUUUCCUCUCUAUUUCGUUCUCAUUCCCAUUAGUUUUCAAUGUGAUAUUGAUGUGGCUCUCCGGGGGGCUCCGGGUGACACUGACGUGACGAGGAGGCCGACAGCAUCGCGUGAUUGGCAGGUGACGUGAUUGACGUCCACAAGGUGGCACAGGGAAGACGAGUGAAGAGGCAGGUGUGAAGGAACACUAGCAUGGCUCUGGAGAGCUUUCCUGAACUCCUGCAGAAACUGCGGGAAGUGCAUGAACAUGAGUUAGAGGGAUGGCAAGAGAAAGUACUGGAGCUGACAAAUAAAAAGAAUAUCGAUGCAAAGCGCAUGGAAGAACUUUACAACAGGAACCAGCAGAUGAAAGAACAGCAGCGGAUUCUUACAGAGAACAUCAAACAGCUGGAGAACAGGUUGCGGGCCGGGUUGUGUGACAGGUGUACAGUCACUCAGGAUGUGGCUAAAAAAAGGCAACAGGAGUAUGAAAACUCCCAGCUCCAGAGUCUACAGCACAUCUCUCUAAUGGUGAGUGAGAUGAACGCACUAAAGAAAGAAAACGACAGACUGAGAGAGGAGGUGAAGGGCUUGAGGGAUCCGUCAAAUCAGCAGAACGGUCAUUCAGAAGACGCAAUCACCCCAGAGGUCAAGGUGUCACCUGACACAGCAGUGGCUGCUGUGACUUUACUGGCCUCAGGGCUGAAGUCCAGCCAGACUCCACCAGGGGACGCCACCGUGCCUGCAGCAUCUGUCAAACACCCAACACACAGCCUGGAAAAAGCUUCUGAACACAAACUUAUGCAAAGCUGGGGCAGGGUGUUUUCAUUUGAGUCGAAUAAGCCCAUGUUGCCCAUCUCAAGAUGGGGCACAGACCACAGUGCUGAAAAAAGAUCUUCCAGCGUGGACUCGGUUGAGCACAGACAGUCCCCUUUGUCUCCUUCUCUUCCAUCCCCUCUUAGACUACUGAAGAACAAUCCUAUUUUUAAUUCUGUUGGCUCUGAGGAACGUAGCAGCCGGCAACAAAUCCACACCCCCGUCCCCUUUCGACCACUUCCGAUCAAGACCGGUCGCUUGUCUAUCCCGUGGUCGCUCUCAGAAUCUACUGACUGGGUAACUGUAGCAGCUGGCGGCUCUGGUGUUGGUAGCGGGAUAGCAGUCCACCCAAGCCAGACCCCGAUUCCCAGCUCAAACAUACUGCGUUUCCCUAAACUGGUCCCACCAAGCAGUGGCAACCAGUCUCGCACACAUGGCCCAACACCUAGCGGUCUGCGGCCCUGGUCCCGCAGAAACCUGUCAGAGCAUGCAGAGAGUAGAGAAAAUAGAGUGGCAGAAGCUGUUACAGCGCCGCCCCAGUGGAAGCCUUCAGCAGCGCAGCCAGAGAGGGUUUUUGGAGAGAAUCUGAGAGAGGAUGAAGAGGAAGCACCGUUAGACCUGUCUGAGUCGGGCCGUUCAAAAAACAAAGAGAAGGAGAAAACACACUCACCAAGUGAUGUAUCUUCGUCUUCAUCUUCCUCACCACCUGCUACACUUUCAUCGUCAUCUCAAAGCCCAUCAAGCCCUCAAAGUGACCAGCAGACACCAGACAAUAAUACACAGGAGGAAGCACAGGAAACAAAUAAGGAACCGGAAGAGGUAAAGGAAGGUGAAACAUCUCCAGCGGCUGAAACAUCUGUCAGCUCAGAGAAGAAGAAAAUCCCACCGCUAACCAUUUCCCUGCAACCAGUUGUGGUAAUGGAGACACUUAAAUCAGCAAUACAGUUGUCUGAUCAUGGCAGCAGACCAAUGGAGCAAGAGGAGAAAGAGAACAAAAACCAUGAAACAAGCAGAAAAAGACUUGGGCAGGACACUGAUGCUUCCCAGCGUUCAGUAAAGGAGAAGAAAAUUCGUCUGAGCCGGGGAAAAAAUGUAGACUCUGAGCAAGGAUGAAGGCAAUGGAUUCAGCUAUGAUCUAGUUGCUGUGGUUAUGCACACACCCAUUUUUCCUUCCACCCUUCGCCGCCAGUUUCCAAGUGCCAAUCUCUGGUGUUCGCUUUAGUUUUCCAGAAGAACCAACACUAGACUUCAGCUUCAUCUCUGUCAACAUAAUUCUCAUGUAUCAAAGAGAGAAUACAUAAUGCAGUCCAGACAAAUAAGAUUUAUUAGUAGCAUGUGCAGCUAUAUCGUUAUACUGUACAUGGGUAAAUUUGUGCCAGAUGAAUUGGUUACUUCAUUGAUUAUGAAUGAAGUAUUAAAUCCACUGGAUAAUCCACUGGUGGUGGUUGAGAAGAGACCAUAAUCCCUCCCCAACCCCCUCCCAACACACAUAAUUGUAAAGCACUUGGAGGAUACAGCAAUACACAAUAAAGCGCUAAAUAAAUGCAUCAUUCAUUCAUUCCUUCAGUGAGUCAAUUUCCCAGCAAUCUUUAGCUGUAGCAAAAACAGGAAGUUUUAACUGUUAAUAAACUUAUCAGCUAGAUAUGUUUUAAUUUCCUCUGUUUCACUUUCUUUUGUAACAUCACUGGUUAUUAAUAAGCACAUAUA